UACCCAUGCCUACGCAAGAACAAGAACUUUAGUCGAACACAACAGGCUUCUCUAAACAGUUGCGCAGACAAUCGAUCUCCAUCUCAAUCAGAAGCUUGGAGGGAAAGAAGGAAAAGGAUGGGCAGCAACCUAAAUGCGGUGUUCUACGCCGAUAUAUACCACCCUAUUCAGUCCGGCAGCAUCGACGGCACCGAUAUUCUGCCGCACGACAGCGCCGUCUACCGGGCGCUCCUCUGCUCCAAUGCCGGCCUGUAUGACCCCUUCGGCGACCCCAAGGCCGUCGGCGAUCCUUACUGUACUCUCUUCGUGGGACGUCUCUCACACCUCACUACCGAACACACUCUUCGCGAGGAAAUGAGCAAAUAUGGAAGGGUGAAGAACUUGAGAUUAGUCAGACACAUUGUAACGGGUGCUUCACGUGGAUAUGCCUUUGUUGAAUUUGAAACAGAAAGAGAGAUGCGACGGGCAUACAAGGAUGCUCACCAUAAGAUCAUUGAUGAUUCUGAAAUUAUAGUUGAUUACAACAGGCAGCGGCUGAUGCCAGGCUGGAUUCCAAGAAGAUUAGGAGGGGGACUUGGAGGCAAAAAGGAAUCUGGACAACUUCGAUUUGGAGGCCGAGAUAGACCAUUCCGAGCCCCACUGCGACAGAUUCCCUUUGAUGACCUGAAAAGGCUUGGAAUACCACCUCCACCAGAGGGACGAUAUAUGUCUCGCUUUCAGGUUCCAUCACCACCCCGAAGAGAAAGGAUCUCUGUAGACUCCCCUCACAAAUACAAAGAAAGCAGGCGUUCUCAUCAGCGGGAGAGGGAGAGGUCAACCAGUACGGAACGCAAUUCCAGCAGACACAAGCGAUCCAUGGACAUAGAAGACACCUCUCGCAAGAACCAAAAGCGUAGGAGAGAGAGACGCAGCGGGAGAUCCUCUAGUCCUGAUUUUUCGUCCGAUGGAAGGAGUUCAAGGGACAGGGAAGAACGCUCGUCUCAACGACACCGAAAGCACAGCAGGCAUAAGCGGUCCGACCGUUCAUCGGGUGAAAGUUCAUUGUAUAGGGAAGAACGUCACUCUGUACAUAGGUCUCCUUCACAUCAAUAUGACAGAUGGUCUCCAAGCAGGAAGAGGUCUACCAGUUGAUUAGGAAAAACAAUUGAAUAUUUUCCCCCUCCUAAAUUUAUCUCAUCACAUUCACCUCUGAUAUGGCUAUAUAGAAAUGAAGUAGAAGAGUGAAUGUAUUCGCUUGAGACACCCUUUUUUUCUUUUCUAGGAGUUGCGGCAGGAACCAUCUUGAAAUGAUUCGAUGAGUUUGAAAUGCAAAAACACUUUUCUCUUGA